GAGCCGCUUGAAACCUACUAGGACAUCACGCUAGCGGAUUAUAUCGGCGAAUUGCCAAACACAGCAAAAAAGGCUGUAAAAUCGCACCGUCCAGCGUCUCACACGCAACUUAAGCACUUCAGAGGUCACAUGGGUCCUAGAUCUCGGCAGCGCGGGCAGCGAUCGUGCCGUCGCUCGCCCAAGCGCCGCCAAUGCAGCACCUGCUCGCCGCGGGCGUAAAAACGCCGCCGCUAGCCCAAAACGCCGCCGCCGCGCGAUAAACUCACAGACCGCUCCACGCAGGCCACCAUGUCGGAAGCACUCACCUUACGCGGCGUCCUCAAGGGCCACAGCGACUGGGUCACGGCCCUCGCGACGACGUCCGAGGACCCGGGGAUGAUCAUCUCCGCGUCGCGCGACAAGACCUGCCUCGUCUGGACGCUGACGAACGCCGGCGGCGACGGCGAGGCUUAUGGCUACCCGCGCCGCGCGCUGAAGGGCCACAGCCACUUCGUGUCUGAUGUGGUCAUCUCUUCCGACGGCCAGUUCGCGCUGUCGGGCUCCUGGGACGGCACCUUGAGGCUCUGGGAGCUCGCGACGGGCAAGACGACGCGCCGCUUCGUCGGCCACUCGAAGGACGUUUUGAGCGUUGCCUUCUCGACGGACAACCGCCAGAUCGUGUCUGGAGCUAGAGACAAAACGGUCAAAUUGUGGAACACGCUGGGCGAGUGCAAGUACACGAUCAGCGACGAGGGGCACACGGAGUGGGUGUCUUGUGUUAGAUUCUCGCCCUCCGUGCAAGCUCCCGUCAUCGUCUCCUGCGGCUGGGACAAGCUCGUGAAAGUGUGGUCCCUGACGAACUGCAAGCUGCGCACGAACUUGUACGGCCACGCGGGUUACCUGAACACCGUCACCGUCUCGCCCGACGGCUCGCUCUGCGCUUCUGGUGGUAAAGAUGGCACGGCCAUGUUGUGGGACCUCAACGAGGGCAAGCGCCUCUACUCGCUCGACGCCGGCGACAUCAUCCACUCGCUCGUCUUCUCGCCGAACCGCUACUGGCUCUGCGCGGCGACGACGCUCGCGAUCAAGAUCUGGGAUUUGGAGAGCAAGGUCGUCGUCGACGAGCUCAAGCCCGAGUUCCCGGCCAUGGGCAAGAACGCGACGGCGCCCUACUGCACGUCGAUCUGCUGGUCCGCGGACGGCGCGGUGCUCUACUCGGGCUACACGGACGGUUUGAUUCGCGCGUGGCACGUGGGCGCCUAGGGCGUGUAAGUUUCACGCAUCAUACACGCCGUCGACGCGAGAGACAGGCUGCUGUACGGUACACAUUACCCGAC